AUGAGCGCAGAGUGCUCCAGCUACACCACUGUGGAGAAGGUGUUAGUGGGGGCAUUUAGCUGUCCCAGGGCGGACAGUGACCUGGGGGCUAUAUACUGCUGUGGAUUUAAGGACUUCAAAUACUGCUGCGAUGACCCAAACAGUUUUUUCCCAUACGAGCACAGUUACAUGUGGUGGUUGAGCGUGGGAGCACUGGUGGGUUUAUCCAUAGCUGCUGUGGUCCUGUUGGCAUUUAUCAUCACCGUUUGUGUCCUCUGCUACCUGUUCAUCAGCAACAAGCCGCACAACAAGCUGGACACAGGGCUGAGCCUACAGACAGCAGGUGAGAUGGGAAUGAUUCCGCCUCUGGGAAAUAUUAUAUAUAUAAAACACUAUAUCUCUGCUUGGGUAGAGAAGGUGGACAGAGAAUUGUAUCUGUCAUUUAGAAAACAUGUACCCAAUGGGCAAAAAGGUGAAACUUGGUCAUCAGCACUAACAAAGAGGCUUCAUAUUAAAGGCUAA